GAAUCCAAACAAAAGGAUCUUAUUGAAAAAUUAGAUCAAGAAUUUGUAAAAAUUCAACACCGUCAUCGCUUAGCACCUGGCGAUUUUCCAAAUCUGGAGCGAUUUAAAGCUGGCCUUACUGUAUACAAGUUUGAUAAGUUCAACAAUUUAAAAUCUCAACUAAUUGAAAAGGUUGAUGAUGCCUUAUCUAAUGAUUUACCAAAGUUGAUGUCUAAAAUUCCACAAGGAAAUCGAAUGUUACCACCCGCGGAACGUAAUCCUUUCGAUAUGUCAUUAUCAGUAGCCAAGAAUAGCGCUAGAUUAGAUCUACCACCAAGUUACUGGGAUUUCUCAGCAGUUAACAAACAAGAAGCUCUAGCACAAUUUAAUGCUUUGAAACCAAAUAACGGUAAAGUAAGCGGAGAAUCUGUUAAACCGGUAUUAAUGGACACAGGUUUAGAAAAGGCUGUAUUAGCAAAGGUUUGGAAAUUGGCAGAUUGGGAUGGAGAUGGAUACAUGGAUAUUGAUGAAUUUGCGGUGGCUUUACAUCUUUGUAAGGCCGUUACGAGUGGUG